AUGGGGACCCAGGAUGUGCACAGUAAGGGCCCCAUGGUGGCCAUGAUGCACCUGCAUCCACUGCUGUACUGGGAAUGUCCUCCGAUUUCUCCCAAGCCUACCCGUGGUCCCAUGAUGCCCUUCUGCCAUGGGGCACAGGCCUCCCAGUGCCCACCUGCAGGGCUCAUGGGGGCAGAAGGGUGCCCUACAGAGGGGUCACAAAGUGGAGAGGCAGCUGUGGGGGUCCACGUGGGCCUCCAGCUCCUCCUGGGUUCAAAGGGCAUCAGGCAGUCACAGGUCAACAUCACAAUGGCCGGCUGGGCCAGACUCAGGGAGGCUAGAUUAAGGCUCACCUCUGGAGUCCUCUGCGCCAGACUGUUUCAGGCCAUGGGCACUUGGAAGAACCUAAGUAGGGUCUUAGUUGCGGAGGAGCCGAGACAGCACGGCCUGGACGAUGGUCGCGCCGCCCAGCAGCUUGUGCAGCUGGGGGUCGUAGCGGGUGGCCAGUUGCAGGCUGACUGGAUGAUGCGCGCCCUCUUGCCUGCGUGCACCUUGCAGCCCUGCAAGUCUUGGUUACAUGCCUCCCAGUCAGUCGCCGGCCAGAGAGCUUUAUAUUCCGGGAGCGCCGCCACUGGAUGCUGUAUUCAUCAAUGGAGUGUGGGGACUUGCGGCCCUGGAUCCUCAUUGGCUGCUGUGCGACGCCAUGUCCUGCGCUUUGUCCAAUCAGACGAGAUCUGGAAAGUCGCUUCAUUUGCAUACAGCCCGGGAGAAUGGGUCUUUUGGCUCGGGCACACUCCUCAGGCCCCCGUUCAGGCUCCGGUUUCCUCCGAAGUUGCUGACCCCGGCUGGCAGGCGGGGUGCGCGGUGACCGCGAAAGCCCGCGGCAAGAGGAGGCCUGCAGCGAGCACAGAAACAAGGAGCACUAGAGCGGCUGGGCUGGACUUCCCAGAGUGUCGCCUACAUCCUGGUCGCCAUGGCACCCGGCCAGGCGCUGCGCCCCAGCUGUGCGCUCCCCUCCACCGGGGCAGGAGGGCCCGCUCGGUCACAGGAGGCGAAGAGGUGGCGCUUCGGAGCCUCGCAGUCAGAAUAAAAUUCCUCAAGGAACUAGCCUUCCCUGAGAAGAUUCUGGGCACGCACUGUGCCAGGUCUUUGGAUGCUCCGGGGACAGCGACUCUGGAAGCCCAGGGAGACCCAGGGCAGGGGGCUUCUGGAAGCAGCUGCCGCUGGGGACCCCUGCCUAGCUUGGAGUCUUCAAGACAGGAAAGAAGGAAAAAGAAGACAUUCCAAAGAGGAUGGGCAGAGGAAGAUCCCCAGAAAUCUGCAUGGUGCGUGGGGGGCCAGAGACCCGUGGAGUCUGUAGGUCUGGACCAGUAUACAUGCACAUUAGAGUCGAUGUUCUCUGUUCAUUUAUUGCAGCCCCCAACACCUUCCAGGAUGUGCACCGCUGUCAUAUUCCAAAAGCUUCUCAGGAUUUUCCCCCCUAAACAUGCACAGGCACCCACACACUUGAUGAGGAGCCAGUUACAGAAAUCCAAGUGACUUACGCCACCCUGGAACUGACUUCCUUCCCAGGCGUGAAGUCCUGUGUUAGGUAGGGACCCCCAGUCCCUGCUGGGUCACCUUGGUGCCUUUUCUUCUGCUUUGCUGUCACUUCCUUUAUCUUCAUUGCCCUCCCCAAAGGCACCUACUCAGACAGGUACCAUUCACCAGUUUGUGGAGUGUCCUGCAACCUUGAAUUGUUCGGCGUGCACACAUUUUAAGUUUCAGUAAAAAGUUCGUCCUGUU